UUACAUACAUACACAUACACAUAUAUUCUAUAAGAUGGCCUCAGCCAUCAACGGAGAGAGUAUAUAUAACGCAGCAGCGAGCUGCUCGCACCUUUUUGAACAAUAUGUACAAACCUUUGGGCCUACUACAGGUAAACUUGAUCUUGCCGAGGACCUUCAAGGUCAAUUUAACCUCUGGGCAGCCUAUAUUGGGGCAAUUACUACCACUAAGUCUUCUCUCGAUGCUCGCUUAGUGGGGCAAGAUGGCCUCAAGAGUAUGAUUCUCGAACUUCUAAUUAUGAUACGGGACAACCUGAAACACGAGCUUGAUACCAAGCUUGAUAGCGUGGCGACACUAGCAGAAUCAAUUGACGGGAUCCCAGAAAGUUUGCCUUUGCUUCUGGGUCUACGUGCUGUUCAUGUAGCUGUUCGAAGGCUUCAUGCUUUAGGAAGAUUGAUACAACGAUCUAUGGCAAAAGAAUGUCAAGAGAGACAAUUUUUCGACUCGCAGCAUCAAGAUGAUAGCCGUUGCUUCAAAGACUUUGUGAAAAUUAAAUUUCCAAAUGCCACGCAAGGUCUCAUUAGCCAGCUUAGCCAGUCUAUAUGUAUCAGAAAAAGGUCGAUAUUUUACCAGCAGCAGAAUGGUAUGAACUCUGUCAUCGGAAGAGAAUAUAGUUUAAGUCGGCCACAAAGCAAAGAACAUAUCACGCGGGCAUCUGAGAAUGUCGAAAUGGAGGUACCGGCCAACCACCAUACAACUUCAACGAGUGAAGAUAUCUUCAUAUCUGAGGCAGCUGGUUUUCAUAUCAACGUACAGGAGCUUCAUAGCUCACUGGAAAAGUCUAAAGCCACACAUUUUCACAGCAACGAAAACCCUUCCAUUCGAGAGAUUCAGAACGAAGAAUUUAGUUAUCCUAACAUGCCUAUUGCAGCAAAAGACGAACUAAAUGCUAUGUGCCCCAUCUGUUCCAAAUCUCUGGAGGUAGUUAGUCUAACGAGACGGAUGUGGAAUGUUCACAUUGACCAGGACAUUGAGCCUUACGUUUGUAUUUCCGAGGAGUGCAAACAGCCCCCACGAUUCUUCGCCCAUAUUCAAGAUUGGGAAACACAUAUGCAUAUAAAGCAUGGUGUUGACUGGGCGCGAAAUAUUCACGCAAUCACUUGGUGCUGUGAAAUGGAUCACUCUGAGGAAAAUGUUGACAAAAAGAUUUUCGAUGACAAAAGCGACUUCAUUCAUCAUCUAUCAACAGCUCAUGGGAAGAAUCUCACAAAACCCCAAAUAUUAGCAAAAUCAAGGAGGAGUAGAAAAUUUCAACCUAGAGGAGCGUUUACGUGUCCUCUCUGCAACUGCUGUCCGAAGGAGAUAGCUUCACGUCUGGCCGAAGAGCCAUACUCACUUCUCUCAGAACAUAUUUCAAGGCAUCUCAAAGCCCUUGCAUUUGCUUCAUUAUUCGAUCUCACUUAUGAACAUCAAAAACCGAGUUCCUCUAGAGGGAGACAGAUAACUGGUGGCCAAGAUCGCGCGGAUGGCCCAACUACAACCCAUCUCACCAGCGAAGAACCGUUUGCCAACAUUCAACCGACUAUAGUGGAAGAGCCAAGAAGACCCAGUGAUGAUCAAAUGCUUCCUGAAUCACCAGAACCAGAGUCUCCGGUUAUUUCACCAAGAGUGCAUUCUAAGCCCCUCGAAAUCUCAGAAAGAUUUGCAGUUGUGUCAUCAAACAACACUGUCUCGCAACAAGAGCAGAGCCCGGAGAAAAUUUAUGAACAAAUGAUGGAGACAAUCGGCUCGCGAGGGCCAACCACAAAGAGGCUCGCCUGGCGACUUAUAUCAUGGCUUACAUGUUCAAUGAGACCUAUGACUGUGCUUGAGCUUCAACAUGCGCUUGCCGUGGAAGCUGGUGAUAAUAGUCUUUUAAAAAACAAUAUUCCGAAAAUUGAAGAUAUGGUCUCGGCGUGCGGUGGCUAUCUCACGAUAACUACAGACAUGAAUACUCUCCAAUUUACCAACGAAGCACUGGGGAAAUGGUUAGAGAAAACUUGGUAUGCUCGCUUUCCCAAUGCGCAUGAUUACAUCACGGAUAUUUGUGUAACAUAUCUCGGCUUUGACACUUUCGAAACCGGCUUUUCUGAUUCGGAUAAUGCUUUUGAAAAACGAUUACGGUCAUACGCUCUGUACCACUACGCAGCGCAAAAAUGGGGGUGGCACGCCCGUGUUUCAUCGACAAAGGAAAAUCCUUCCAUUAGAUUCCGGUAGCUACACGCCUCUACUAAUUGCCGCCUGGCAUGGACAUAACGCAACUGUUAGGCUAUUACUUGAGCGGCAUGCUCAUAUUGAGUCCAGAGAGCCGGAUGAUUACACGCCUCUUUUAUUAGCCGCUUUUAACGGGCAUGAGCCAACUGUUAGGUUAUUACUCGAGUCCGGUGCCAAUAUUGAGGCCAGAGAGGGAAAUCAUUACACGCCUCUUUUGUUGGCCGCCUUUAAUGGGAAUGAGCCAACUGUUAGACUGCUGCUUGAACGGGGUGCCAAUAUUGAGACCAGAGAGGGAAAUCAAUAUACGCCUCUUUCACUAGCUGCAUUCAAUGGGCAUGAACCAACAGUGAGGCUAUUGCUUGAAUGGCGUGCCAACAUCGAGGCCAGAGAGCCAGAUGGUUACACACCUCUCUUAUUAGCCGCCUUUAACGGACAUAAGACAAUUGUUCGACUAUUACUCAAACGGCAUACC